CCUAUCCGAUAUUUUUUGUUUCCAAUUCAAUUCCCGCUCCCUUAGACGCUCACGCUCACGGCGUGCGCUCUUUCUUCUGCUGAGUUCAGAACUUCUCAAAAUUUCUCAAAUGGCAGAAGAAAAUUUUGAGGAACAGGACUUAGGUAAUGUGGAAGAGAUGGAUAAUGUGCCUGAGAACUCGCAUCCUCCAGAAGAAGUGCAAGAAGAUGAAGAUGAUUCAGGUGUUGUUGAGGAAAAGAAAUGGCCUGGAUGGCCUGGAGAGAAUGUGUUUAGGAUGCUAGUUCCUGUUCAAAAGGUUGGUGGUAUCAUUGGACGCAAAGGAGAGUAUAUUAAGAAAAUAUGUGAGGAAACAAAGGCUCGAAUUAAGAUUCUCGAUGGUCCUCCCGGGACCACUGAAAGAACUGUAAUGGUAUCUGCAAAGGAGGAGCCAGAUCUUCCAAUUCCACCUGCUUUGGACGGGCUUCUCAAGAUCCAUAAACGCAUUGUUGAUGCAGACUCAGAUCCAUCCAAUGCACCAUCAGGGGGAACAGUUUGCACAAGACUUCUUGUCGCAGCUACGCAGGCUGGCAGUUUAAUUGGGAAGCAGGGUGCCACUAUAAAAUCAAUUCAAGAUGAUUCACAUUGUACUAUUCGAGUUCUUGGAGGAGAGAACUUGCCUGCAGUUGCUCUACCAGAUGACAGUGUAGUUGAGAUACAGGGUGAACCGGAAGGUUUGCAUAAGGCUGUUGAAUUAAUUGGUACACAUCUUAGGAAAUUUUUGGUAGAUCGAAGCGUUAUUGGAGUAUUUGAAAUGCAGAUGCAACAGCCAAAUUCUCGAGCAAAUCAAAACAUUCCCCCAUCCCAAUCCUGGGGACUUCCUCCUUCAGCUUUCCCCAUGAAUCCUGGUCAACUUGGUUAUGGGUCGAACGCUCCAUUCAUGGCACCUCCGCCUCGUCAAUAUGAUAGUUACUAUCCACGUGUAGACUUGCCUCCUCUGGAGAAGCAGCCUCGCUCCGGCCCACCUAGUUAUGGCAGAGAUGUGCCGGUGGGAGCUCACACAAAUAACCUGCACCCCCAACAAGCAGUUAUUGCAAAGGUCACACAGAACAUGCAAAUUCCAUUAUCAUAUGCUGAUGCUGUCAUUGGUGUUAAUGGUGCAAAUAUUAGUUAUAUUCGUCGUGCUAGUGGUGCAACUAUUGCAAUACAGGAAACAAGGGGUGUUCCUGGUGAGAUGACGGUUGAAAUAAAUGGCUCGGCAGCGCAAGUUCAAGCAGCCCAACAGUUGAUACAGAAUUCUAUUGCUGAUGCGGUAACCAGUUCACAGAAUACUGCUGGAGGACCACCAAGUCAAGGUUAUAAUCCCUAUGCCCCUCAGGGUCCAGUUUAUGGUUCUUCAACAUCUAACACAGCUGGUCAAGCUGGCCAUGCGCCCAAUGGAGAUUAUGGUUCUAUGUAUGGCACCAGUUAUGGCUACUAGAGAUGAAAUGCUGCUCUAUUUACGGAUGGAUUUUGGCUUUAGAUAACAAGGCUUUCAAUUAUUAGAAGUUAACUUGCUGGUGUAGAGUUGUAUUAGAUAGUCGAUGAUUCUGUAUCAGGUACUGUUGACCUUGUCUUUUCUAUGUAGUCCAGGUGAUUGUGAAUCGUUUACCCAAUCUCCUCUGUUGCUUUUGGCAGUUGUUUUUUUUGGUAGCUUCCAGGCAUACAAUUUAAGCCACCCCCCUGGUGUUAUCUACUUUUAUGUUGAAUUUGCCAUUUAGCUUGAUUAUCUAUGUUAGGAGAAGAAAAGUUAUUAUC